AUGAGCCCGAGCCAGCAACCUUACUCGAUGCCCUUCUGGGACUUUGUCCAGUCAUUCGAUCCCAAUCAGGGACCUGGUCGCGGAGUUGAUCACAACUCUGCCUCCCACUUCCCCUUCAUGGCCGGUUACCCCUUUGGAGGACCCGGAGGUCCUGGAGGUCCCGGUGGCCCUGGUCCUCAUGGAGGUCCUCAUGGAGGUCCUCACGGUUUCCCUGGUCCCCAUGGACCUGGUCCUCGCGGUCCUCCUCCUCCCCCUGAGGCCGAUGGCUUCGUAUGGGGUCCUUGGUAUCAGGGCGCUGGCCCCUGGGAUCGUCCCCGCGGUCAUCACGAGCACCAUCGUUCCGAGGGUGAGUCCUCGACUACAGACGUAGAGCGAGAUGCCAACACCAACAACGAGAAGAGCGAGACCCCCGACACCAUGGCUGCCGAUGCCCCUGAUCCCGAGGAGGUUGUCCCUGACGAGAACCAAUGCGGUCGACGUCCUGGCUUCGGUCGAGGCCGUGGACGUGGUGGUCCCCGAGGUGGUCGAUGCGGCCGUGGAGGACGAGGCGGUUUCCCUCACGGCCCUCGCGGUCCUCACCACGGACCUGGACCUCAUCCUCCUCCUCCUUAUCCCGGCCAGGGCGGCCCCUUUGACUUUUCUGGCCUCUUCCGCGGCUGGGCCGGUCACCCUUUCUUCCGCAACAUUCGCGAGCAGGCCCAGCGCUUCCAGGACAGCCAGAACCAGAACGACUCCAACUCUUUCAACCCUCCCGUCGACAUCUUCAACACGGAAAAGGCCUAUGUCCUCCACGUCGCACUGCCCGGUGCUAAGAAGGAAGACAUCGGUGUCAACUGGGAUGCUGACCGCAGCCUGCUGAACAUUGCCGGUGUCGUCCACCGCCCUGGUGAUGAAGAGUUCCUGAACACACUCGCCACCGGCGAGAGAAAGGUCGGUCUGUUUGAGCGCAACGUGGCGCUCCCUCCCGAGGGAGUCGAGGAGCGUGACGAGAUUGACAGCUUUGGCAUCACGGCCAAGAUGGAGGAUGGUGUCCUGGUGAUCACGGUUCCCAAGGUUGAGCGGGAGUGGACCGAGAUUCGCAAGGUGGACAUUGAGUAA